GGUCUUCUCAGCCGUUCGUCAUUUGGCAGGCUGUUGCACCGUCUCGUUACACCGUCGUCGACAACAGGUCAGUGUAUUACACCGACGGCGUAUUUAGAGUGUACGCGAUUAGGGAAUUAUCACUCGGCCGGUUGACCUAUAUUUAUAUACGAUUUUCAAAAAUCUACUUCUCCUGUACCCGAUCGCUACGAAAUCAUUCUAAAUACGCCACUGUUCAAUAUCAUAUUUGUUUGUAAUAACACUCGAUUAGUAUUGUUAUUUUUAAGAAUCUGAGAAGUUUUUUUUUUUUUUUGGAGGGGUAGAGGUAUCAUACACAUAGGAUAGGUACAAUAGUAACAAAAAUGCAAAUCAUUAUGUAGUUUAUUAAAAACUAUAAAAGAACUUUCAGUUGAAAUGUAAAAGACGAUGAAAAAUUAAGUUAAGUUUUUAGUUAUUUAAAAUACAAAAAAAAAAAAAUUGUUCUAACUAGGUUUAAAACAAUUUUAUUUAAAAAUUAAUUAAAAAUGCUUAAUAUAGUAGUUUGGAAUCGUAAAAAUAAACUUAAUCAGAAUAUUACGCACUACUGAACGCGGGGAUUAAAUAAGAAUUCAUAUUGGUAUUAGAAUUUUGAGAAAUAAAACUAUACACAAAUUCAUUUGUCUUCAGUUCAUCAAAUUGAUUAACCAUUGUUUAUAAAAUUUAAAACUGUAAAAUAUCAAGUUUAUACAGUGAAAACUAAACUAGAUAGGAAAGUUAAUUAGUUAACGAUAUAACAUAAUAUACUAACUUAAAUUGAAAAGUUAAGUUCCAAUUUUAUAAAGUUAUUACUUUCAAACAUUAAUGCCCGUCAUUAAGGCAAUAUUUUACGAAACACCAUAAUUAUGUAUUUUAGUCGUAAUACCGAUACAAAUACUAUCAACUUUGAUAUGUUUCAUUGAACGAAAAAAAAAAUCAAUUGUAAACUCUGAGUGGAAAUUAUCAUUAAAUUUAUUUUUGUAUGCAAUGGUUAAUCAUUGCUAAUGAAAAACGAUUCUGAGCGGAGUCCGGUUAGAAAUGUUUUAAAUGGCGUAAUAUUUACGAUUUUCGUCAAAAUUUGAUAUUGAAAUAGGUUUUAAUUCAAUCUAGUUAUUGAAUCGAUUUGACACGUUGAGAAUGUUCAUUGUUCAGGUAUUCAUCGAGGUUGUUAUAAAAUAGCACUUUAGCCUAUAAUAGUCACGCCCAAUUUUUUAGACGGCAUCGCGUUCGAAGCGUUAUCGCUCCGAUUAGAAUAAUAUAUUUUUAUGAAAAUCGCACAAAUGUUUGAUCACGGUUGUUUGAGGAAGCCGUUGACAACGCCAAAUUAGCCUGGUUUUGAGAGUUUAAUCGAAAGCACCUUCACGACACUUAGUUUCGCAUUUCUAAAUAGGCAGAUUUGGCAGCUGAAAAAAUGUAUGGGAGCGGCAAAUUUGUUAGUGGUUUAAUUUAAUUGUCUAUUUCUGUCGAAACGUUUGUGAGAAAGUCAUAUUAUGAUAAACAUAUUAUUACUGGAUUUAAUCAAUAACUACACAUAAUAAUUUCCCCGAGAAAUAAUCGAUAAACUAAUUGAAAAAUUCGUUUCUCGUGUGUUUCAAUUAAAAAUAUGAGCUGUCUUUUGCUUUACAUAUUUCAUAAUAAUUCCAGAUUUUUUACCUAAAUAUUUAGAAAAUUAACACUUAUAUUUAUUGACAGAUAUCGGUUUUACGGCUAAAUCGGCGAUCAUUUGUACCCAAUAAUUUAAGAACGAGUUGUCAUCCGUUGUAUGUAAUUAAGACGAUUUGUUAUGUUAGAGAUACUGUAGUAGUGUACUUUGUUUUCAAUAGAAAUUUCCGACUUGUUAAUAGUAUCCAAAAUACCAUACGAUUCGAUAAAUAAAUCAUAUUGUAUACCUAAUUUGACUGUUAUUAGGAUGAUUUAAAUUUUAUUUUGAGAUCUUAACAUGUGUUUCUGCUGUACAAAUACUUUAAAUAUAAUAUGUACAUACAAAUUAACAUAUAAAUUAGUAUAAUACAGCUGAUGGUUUGUCGUAUCAAUUGUAUUCAAAUCGAUAGACAAUUCUAUAGAUAUUUUUUUUUUAUUGACAAUAUAUUAUCUUAUUCUCAACGUAUUAUAAUAAUUUUAUCAUGCGAAAUAAUUGCGCGUCAUAAAAUAUGCACAAUAUUAAUCGAGUCCACGAUUAAAAUUAAAAAUACGGGUACAAAAAUCAUAAUAAUAUUAUAGGUACCUAGCUAUUAUAUACAAAAAAAACCUUCUAUAUUUUUUUUCAAUUGAGUUUAAUAUCAUACAAAUUUUAUUUGAUUAAUAUUAUUAUUUUGUGAUUCUAUUUCGUUUUGUUUUGAUAUCUUCAAAUUGAGUAUACAGGUUGUUCAGCCGGGUUUUGUCGGUGCCAAUAUCCUUGUUAGUAUGCAAUUUCUAAAAAAAAAAAUUAUAUUUUUAUAUUCAUUCAUGAAACACGAGAAAAAAAAGGUAUAAUUUAUUCAUUUUUCAAUAUUUCCAAAAUAGUCACUUUGUAAUAAUGUAUAAUAUUCUAAAAAAAAAUAAUAAUAAUCUAAUAUACGUACAUAUUUAAUGAAUUUAGCAAUACCUAGUCGUUUGAAUUUCUAGAGAAAGGAUGCGAAAAAAUUAUAUUUAAUAGGCUACUAAUAUAAGUUCUAUUAUAAACGAUAAGGUAUUAUAAUCACAGUACUUACUACAAUAAAUGUAACUUAUAUCCUAAAACAGUGACGAAAGUAUUUUUCGGAUAUGUAUGUGUUUGCGACACAUAAAUAAAAUUAUCUUUUCAUUAUUUAAACUAUUUUUCUGUCUUUGUAUUGGUUUUCCAAUAGUGUUUAUUUUUAUCAGUGAACAAUUUUUUACCAGCAAUUUUUCUCCGAUUUUUAAUUAUAGUGCUUUUCUGAAAAGAAAUCGGACUUUUAGGAGGUCAUUUUUUAAUUUUCCCAGCUGUUUUCCUAAUAAAUGUACAAAACUGGGGAAAAAUAUGGGAAAAAUCAUAGGAAAGACGGAAUAAUGGGUACAAUUAUACUAAACAAAUAUUAUUAAAGAAAAUAUAUAAUGUAUAUAUAAUUAGUUUAUCAUAAUAUGACGUAUAUUAUAUUGUUGAAAAAUCAACACUAUUUAUCGAACUCCGCUCAGAAUCGUUUUUUUUUUUUAGCAAUGGGCAAUUGUUGUGUACAUUAAAUUAAACAUUACAUUUUCCCUCUACCUUCACAACAGUGGUCCACCUAUUUUGCGAAGUAUGUCCGUAUCUUUUUUUUCUAUAUUAUUUUGUUGAAUGUUAUAAAAUAUUACCGAAUGCUCUUAUUACCGUAUACCGUGUAGGCAUCUUGUGAUUGAAAUUAUUAUUUUUUCCGGUGGCGAACACAUACAUAUUAUACUUUCUCGUUCGAGUCGUUCCUGCAUGAAUAAAAAUGAUCAUCUUUCAUUCGACGUUUAUAAAUAUUCGUGUGUGGCCAUCAUCAUUGUUGUCGUCGUUGUUGUUGUCCUCAAGAUCAUCCUCAUCAGCUUUCCCGCUCGUUUGUUAUAAAUUGAAAAUUGCCUAUCUACGGUGAAUCCAGCGUAAAGACAGAGUACUAGUCCGGUUGUCCCUACCCUAUACCGAUUCCGAUAAAAUAGUGCCCGGUCCUUCUGAAACCGAUUUGAUUUUUCGAAACGUUUGGUCCCUCUUCAAACAAUAUAUAAUAUGUUAGAUUGAAAUGUUUAAAAUAUCAUUUACAAAAGUGGCAAUUCGAAAAUUUUAAAAAAUUGAUUAUUAAAAUGUUAUUUUGUUUUAGUUAUUAAGGAACGAAAUUAAAAAAAUUGAUUUUUCUCUUAAUAAAUAUGUCCUUUUCAUACAAAAUUGCAUAUUAAUAAAGAUAUAAGCAUCGGGAUAUACGAUGGGACGUUCUAUAUUUUAAAAUGCGAUCAUUAUAUGACUCAUUACGAUUCGAUCAUUCGACCGCUUUUUUUUCGUCCACAUAAAUGUUUAAAUUUUAUUUUAAUAUUAUGAUUUUAACGUUUUGAGUGUAAACAAAUAUUAUUAUUUGAAUAUUAAUGAACGUAUUUGAAAAAUAUUAUGUUAAUAUUUUGUGUCGCGACUUAACAAAAUAAGUAUUUAUAAUAUUCAUCAAUAGAUAUUUUAAAGAGAUAAUUUGAUUUUUAUUCAUUACUUCGUUGAUAAUAUUGUAACUAUAUGAAUCGUACCUAAGUUAAAAACAUGUUAUAAUCGAAGUUUUAAAUGCGGAAUUGAUAGCAAUUUGACUUAAUAAUAUUUCUUUUUUCGGUCUGUGAUUGCGUUAUUUAGAUAGGGAAUUAUGGAAAUUUGCUGUAAGGAAUAAAAAAAUGUAUCUAUUGUUCUUAAUAAUGGCUGUUUAUUGGAUACAAAAUAACUGACAGUAUACUAAUAUACAAACAGUGGCGUAUUUUUGAUUUUUUUUUUUUUAGAGGGGGGGAUUGGCCUGUGCAAUAUUCUCCCAUAGAUAUUAUCAUAGAUUGAUUGUAUAAACUCACGAUGUGUUUCACCUUUCAUUACAUGUUCAUCAAAAUUAUCGAGGGGUGGAUUCUAUCCCGGACAUUUCCUAAAUACGUCACUGUAUACAAUAAUUUAAUAAAAUAUACUUUUCUUGUACCUUUAUUUAGAAAUUUCAUCGGAUUAGUGUACCUCUAUAUAUCCUCUGUAUAUAUAUAUAUACAAGAAGUUCGAUAUGAGUGGCUCUGGUAAAAGUCUUCUCGGCCUAUGGCUUUAUCGGAGUGGAGAAGAUUGGACUCUGAGGGAGUCAUCGCACUCGGACGUAAGAUGCAUAUUAUUAAAAUACAUUUUACUUAUGCAAUACAAUAUUACACAAUGAUUAUUGUAAUAUGUACUGACAAACGUUUUCUAAGCAAUAAUAAUUAAUUCAUUUAGCCGAGACCGGUGAGUAAUCGACCAGAGUCGACCAGAUUCGACUCGAGAAACUCCGUAAUAUUCUCAUUGAAAAACCAAGUCGGUGGAUUGGCCCGAGCUCUACAAGUUUUUCAAGUAAGAACAUAAAUUAUAUUAUACUACUUAUUAUAAUAAUAUUAAAUACGCUGAAACAAACUUGCAUGCCACGCAUUUAAAACGAAUUACGGCGUCUAUAAUUAAAUAAUAUCUGCAAAACAAACUAUCACUCCGGGAAAUCAAAAUCAACGUAAAAUUAUACAUUUCGAAAUUAUAUUUUGAAGCGAGUGUCAACAGAAAUUGAAUCACGUGUUUUGUUACUGUAUAUAUAAUUAUAUAAACGAACGCUGUUCGGUGAAUAUAAUCAAUUUGAAACGUAUACAAAUGAGAUUUAAUAGGACGCUACGCCCGCAUAUGCUGUCUGCGUCUUAAAAAAAACGUACGGCAUGGACAAUUUUCGUUCAGCUGAGACAACUAUAUGCUGUUCGCACUCGUUCGCACGCUCGGCUUGAGUGUUUAAACACAUAGAAGUAAACUUAAGUUUUGCCACCUCUUAUACACGUAAAUAAUACGUCAAUAAUUUUAAAUGAUACCCUUGACAAAUGCCACCAUAGGCGUGGGCCUAUGUCGCUUACCUCUUGAGCCGGGUUUGGGUAUUAGGGUAUGUUAGCCAACCGUCAAACUUAAAAAUAAGAAUAUUAUCAAUUGCGCAACUAUGUCGGCUUUUAAAUUUUCAUUUUUAAACGAGAUACACAUGCAGGAGAAAUAUUACGUUUUAAAAAUGCUAAUAUAUCUCGGUUAAAAAUUAAAAUAUCGAAAGAAAAACCGGAGUAUAGUUGAACAGAUAGUAUACCUAUCUUUAAAUUUAAUAAUAGGCAAAUUCAAUCUGAUAUUGAAGUUAACAGCACACAGUUGUCCAUGCUGAACGUAAAUUUGUUAUCUCGAGCAGUGUUUGUACGAGCUGUCUCGGCCAUGCGGGUGCGGCGGCGUCCUUUUAACAUAAUAUAUUAAAAUGGAAACGCAUUUGAAUAGCAAUGACGUCACCGUGCGGUUUGAACUAAAAGCAUUAGUUUUUCGAAAAUGUAAAUGUUACCUUAGGUAUAAGCCAAUAUAUUUUUUUUUUUUUAAAUAUAUACACCUAAAGUGUGUGUAUUACUCAAAUGUUUGUGAUUUUGUUAUGUAAUUUCGGCACAUAUUAUUUCUUCGCACAUUUGGUAUGGUUACUCUUUCGAGUGGCACUAUUAUACUGCAUCACACUCAUCGCUGCAGGGACAGCAUGUUUCAACAUUAUACGUAAUGUUUACAUUUUCGAAAUCGAUAUGCGUUUUCGAGCUCAUAGUUAAAAAUUAAAAUGUUAACAUUUGUUCACGUCUGUGAAACAAUUCAAACAAAUCGUCUACUUUUAAAAAUUAAAAAACCGGCCACAAAAAACUAGCUUGAAGCUGUUUUCUUUUUAUAAUAAUCAAUAAUCGGAUUAUGUAACUAAAAAAUACCACGGGGGUAAAUUUUCGCGGUUAUACGAGUAUAAAAUACCGUUACAGUGCUCUAAAAUUCGAGUGUUUGUUAGGAUUUGGGCGUAAACGUGUUGCACAUCGAGUCUAGACCGUCGCGUCGUAGGAAAUCCGAAUUUGAGAUUCUCGUUGACGUGGAAUGUGACAAUAAAAAAAUGGAGCAGUUAACCGGAAUGUUGAAGCGCGAAGUGGCGGCUAUAAAUUUGGCCACUUUCGAAAGCGGUGCAGAAGUACCGCCACCUACACCUAUGUCAGCUACAGCAAGUUUUGGUAAGAAUACACGUGCAAUUUAUACUUUUGUAAUAAUAUUUAUACUAUAAUCACUAAAGAUUCAAUACAAGAUUUUUUUUCUCAUUUAUAUGAUAAAUACAUAUUGUGUAAUUUUUGUAUACCUUCAUAUCGAUAUACGAGUUACACAAACGAAAAAAACCGUGUUUUUAUUUUUAUUCUUUUAAGAUUUCUCAGAAUUUGAAGUUCCGUGGUUUCCGAAAAAAAUUUCCGAUUUAGAUCGAGCACAGCGAGUACUCAUGUACGGAACUGAACUGGACGCUGAUCAUCCGGUAAGCGAUUCGUGCAUUUAUGGGGUAAUCCAUUUAUUAUGAGCCAACGAUUUUUUUGUUAGAUUUUAAGUUCAUUUAAAUUUAUGUUUUUCAAUAACUAUGGAAUUGUUUAAACUUUAUUUUAAUUUAUUAUUUUCAGUUUUUAUAUGUACCCAUGUAUUUUAACCGUGUAUAUACAAUUUAUUUCAAAAUAGCGGUGCUCUAGCCCCACAAUUUCUCCCACAAUUUUGAAUAUUGUUCUAAAAAAAUUAAUGUGUAACACAAUAACAUGAGUUAUAACAGUUUAAAAUUUGGACCAGAGGACAUAUAAUAAAUGGAUGGUCCUGUAUACAAAUAAUAAUUUAAGUAAUAUUAAUCGUACGUGUAUGCAUUAUUGUCGAUUAUUCAAUUACUAACAAAUACCCACUUUAUUCUGUUAGUAAGUUUAAGUGCGUCUAUCACCUAUAGUUUAAACGAUUGUGCACUCGAACGAUGUAGUUUGUGAUUUUUUUUUUUUUUAUUUUUAUUGUUUCGAGGCUGUAACUGAUGUUUGUAGUAUUUUCACAGGGAUUCAAAGAUCCAGUUUACCGGAAAAGGCGCGUGGAAUUCGCAAACAUAGCGAACAGUUACAAGUAGUAAGUCACCUAUCUAUCAAUUUAAUAUGUUGUAAUACAUUAUUAUAGUUCCGGUAUUGCAGUGGCCAGUGGCCACUGAGUAUUUUUCGAAGUAUUCUUUCUUAAUACAACCAUACGAUCGUGUCUUAAUUAUACGUUUUUGAUAUUUCAGUGGCCAUCCAAUACCGAGAGUUCAGUACACGCAAGAGGAGAUCAAAACUUGGUGCUUGAUAAUUUAUUAAUAAUAUAAUGUAUUUAUUUUGUAUUGUUAACUAGUACAAUGCCUUGGCUUGCGAUUAAAUGGGCGUAAAUUAAUAUUGUAAUUAUUGUAUUAAUAUCCGAUUGAUCCGAUUCGAUACACAGAAUGUUUCAAAACUAUAAAAUUAAUUUAAAAGAAUCUAUUUGGAUUGAAAAACCUUUAAAUUUUUUUUUUUUUUUUUGGAUUUAGAGCAGAAUUAUUACAAAUGUUUACUAACAAUGAGCCAUUAACUAUAUGAUUUUUUGAAAUGAUUUUAUAAUCAUAAUACACUAAAGUGUCUCAAUAAAUUAUUUAUCAAAAGAAAAAACUCUUAAAAUACUGUAUAAUUAUUGUUUAGAAUAAAAAUUAUCGCGUUUGUCAGAUCUCCAUGGUACACUCUGUGUAGUAUUGGCGUAUACGUUUUUUUGAAUAUGAACUUUGAUUAUUUGAUAUUAUAGAAUCCGAGAGAUUACAUUAUAUUAUAUUACGUCAGGACAUAACGAAACUUAUAUUUAAUAUUUACGGGACAUGACGGACAAUCCGGCCUCCUAACUGGCUCGUGGGGCUGCACGUGAAACGCCAUCAUUAAUAAUAUCGUAUGUCAAAUACAACGUUUUCUACUAAAUCGCGUUCCGUAUAUUUCCCAAAGGUAUACGACUAUAAAAAAUAAUAUAGAAACGAGGCCAAUAAAGACACGCGCGCGUUACUCACUUUUUCCAAAUAGAACCAAUAAAUUAUUUAUUAUAUAUAAUGAUGUUCUUAAAAUCUAUUUCGGAGCACGUAUUUUUUUUUCUCUAGGCUUUAAGCGCAGGAAGAAAUGUGUAUUGAUUUUAUUAUGAUGCGUGCUCUUAUAAAUUCUGAGAUUCUGAUAACAAGGAAUUUAUUAGUUUUACUACGAUGUGUUUAUUUUUCUGUCCGAUAACCGGAAAAUUUGUACAAUAUUUUCUACCUGUCGUAAAAGGUGAAAAUUGGGGUUGUAUAGGGUUGACGGCCAAUGUAAAAUCCUAUCAAAUAAUACAAAGAGCACCAAAUAAGACUUAGGUAGAUUUUCUUGUCUCGGACUUAGCCGACCCCAAAUUGUUGAGACGAAGUUAAAAGAAAACAAAAAUAUUUUACUAUGUGAUUCACUGAAAAAAAUUCUUAAAGACUAAACAUUUUCACCAAACACUUAGAUAUAUUGGUGAUAUAUAUUUAGACAUUAUAAAUAUUGUGGCGUUAUUCGAAUCAUUUAUUUGAAAAUGUCGAGGUUUUUAAAUUAUAAUACUAUAUGGAUUCAAUUUCAAUUUAAAAAUAUGGACAGUUGUUAUUUUUUUAUGGUUAAAAAUUAAUACAAUUAUAAUUUUCAAUUUAAUAUUAUCACAAUAUAAUUACCCUAAAUUCACCAAGAAUCUUUUUCGUUGGCAACGAUCUAUCAUUUUGUACGGAUAUAAUUAAGCAAAUGUAUUAAUUCAUAAUUUAGUUUGUGAUUUUAAUUUCAAAAAACAGGAGCACCGUGAUGCGUGAACUUCACAAACUGUACGUGAAGCAUGCGUGCCGAGAAUACUUAGAAAACUGGCCGGAAUUGGUCAAGUACUGCGGUUACCGGGAGGACAACAUUCCCCAAUUGCAAGACGUCAAUACGUUUUUGAAACGUAAGUUCACGCUUAAUUAGAGCCCUACGAAGGCAGUCCUUCUAUUGAAUGUUUUUGUUUUUUCUGUAAAAACUUUGUCAACAAUGUACCGAUGUAUACCGAUGUACACCGAAAUUACGGAUUUCAGGCAAAACAGGAUUCCAAUUACGGCCCGUAGCCGGGUACUUGUCACCCAGAGACUUCUUGUCCGGACUUGCUUUUCGCGUUUUUCACUGCACCCAGUACAUCCGCCAUUCUUCGGAUCCGUUCUACACACCAGAACCGGAUUGUUGCCACGAGUUGUUGGGUCACAUGCCGUUGCUGGCUAAUCCAACUUUUGCGCAGUUCUCGCAAGAACUUGGACUCAAUUCGUUGGGGGCCAGCGACGAAGAUGUCGAAAAAUUGGCCACGGUAUGUUGUUACACCUAAACUUUAAAACUUCAACGGCGUGAAUUUUGUUUAUCUAUUAUUUUACUGUAGUAGUUUUAAACUUCAAGGGAUCAUAAUAUUAUUCUUAAGAAUAUCUAAUAAUAACAAUGUACGUUUGCGUAAUUAUAAAAUGUCUCCUACGCAUUAUUUUUUAAUUUCGUAUGAAUAUUGUACUUUAAUCGAAUGGUAAUCGUGCAUGCUUGCAGCUUUACUUCUUUACCGUGGAAUUUGGAAUGUGCAAGCAAGACGGUGAACUCAAGGUUUACGGGGCCGGACUUUUGAGUUCUGUGGCCGAAUUGCGACAUGCGAUUGAAACCAAAGACAAGAUUAUGCGAUUCGAUCCGGAAGUCACGUGCCAUCAAGAGUGCAUUAUUACUUCGUACCAAAAUGCGUACUAUUAUAGCGAAACAUUUGAGGAAGCGAAGGAAAAAAUGAGGUGAUUAUUUAGUCUAGAUUGUACAUAAUACACAUUCAUAAUUGUAUAACUGUUCUUAUGUAUUUUAAUAUAAUUUUUCAUUUGAAUAAAAAUUCACUGGGGGUGAGAAUCCUUGAAAAAUUUUAUCUGAUGUAUACUUAUAUAUUGAUUGCAAUUUCGAUUCCAGAGAAUUUGCGGACAGCAUUCAAAAACCGUUUGGCGUACGUUACAACCCGUACACUCAGAGCGUUGAGAUAUUAAGCAACACGGACAAAAUAGUAGCGUUGGUCUCGGAACUCAGAGGUGACCUGUGCAUCGUGAGCAACGCCCUGAGGAAAAUACACGCCGAAGACGAAGCAGUGGAGAACAUCAACAACAUGUUGCACAAAGGAAUGAACGUUAGCGGAGUCUCUCCAGAAAAAUCUCCGGAUAAGCAGUAAACGACGUUCGAAUGAUCAGCGAUUUUGAUCGUAAAAAUAGCCCGUAUUUGGCAGUGUUUAUAAUAUUAUAGAGUAAUCAAAUAGUAAAUAUUGUAGAGUAAUUAAAUAGUAGUCUAGUCAGUUUGUUUGAUUAUACAAUAUUAUUAUAAUAAUUUAUAAGAAACCUAGUAGAAAAAGUUGACGCAAUUUCGAGGUGUGUGGACAUUUUUUAACGUUCUCAUAUUUUUUGCUACGGCCAUUUUUAUUCAAUUUCACGGCAUAUUAUACAAACGAAAUAUGAUAAUACCAGGAUGUUAGACAUCAAACGUCCAUCCUCAAAAUCGCGUCCAUGUAAUAGAAAAUUAGAAAAAACUAAAUUAUAAUAAUUAUAUUAUAAUUUAUAAUCAGUUGAAACAAAUAAUUUGUAGUUUCCCCUCCCAAAAAUUAGGUUUAUCAGAAAAUAUAAAUGUAUUAGAAAAAGUAAAUAUAUGGUUGUAAUAAUAAUAGUUUGAACGAGUAUCAUUAUUUUAUGUUUGUGUGUAAAUCUUCGGAUUUAGAUG